AUGGAGCAGGUAGUGCUGAGGAUGGUGCUAGUGUUUGUCCUUGGAACACACCGCUGGCCCUGCACAGCUUUCCCGGUGUAUGACUACGACCUGUCCUCCCUGCGGGAAGCGCUCAACGCCUCUGUGGCCAAGGUGAACUCGCAGGCCCUGAGCCCGUACCUGUUCCGGGCGUUCAGAAGCUCCCUCAGAAGAGUCAACGUCCUGGAUGAGGACAGCUUGAGCAUGGACCUAGAAUUCAGCAUUCGAGAGACGACGUGCAGGAGCAGUUCUGGAGAGGACCCUGCUACCUGUGACUUCCAGAGGGGCUAUGACAUGCCAGCAGCUGUUUGCAGAAGCACCGUGCGGAUGUCUGCCCAGCGGGUGCAGGACGUGUGGGUUUACUGCCGCUGGUCCUCCAGCUCCGAGUCUAGCAGCAGUGAAGAGAUGGUUUUUGGAGAUAUACUGGGAUCUUCCAGAUGGAGAAACAGUUAUCUACUCGGUCUCGUUCCUGACGUACCCGGAAAUGAGCAGUUUUAUGAACGAUCCCUUGAGAUCAUGAGAAGGGUCUUUCCUCCCGGAAACAGAAGGCACUCAAACCAGUGGCACAGAGCGAGAAUAAACACGGGCUUUGAGUAACGGCCUCGAGCAAAAUGCGAUGGAAGGAACAGAAGUUCCAGUGAAGAAAGAGUCAUAAUUUUCCCUUUGAUCCGUUCCAGUCCUUAAUAAAUGUCUUACUUUUCCUCUUUCA